UAAAAAAUCGAGUCUUUAAUCCUCUCCGAUAGGCCACAAAGCCCAUUCCUUUCUCCCCUUGCCGCAAUCCACACAGCCUCGCCCCUCCGCCCGCGCCCCUGCCCCCGCCUGCGGCUCCGGCUCCGGCUUCCGAUGGGGUACGUGCUGUCGGCGGUGGCGAGGGUGCUCCAGCAGCCCACGGCGUGGGGCGCCGCCUGCGAGAUGGCGCUCCUCGCGGGGCCGCUCUGGGCGGCGGCCCUCGUCGGGCUCCUCCUCGGCUGGGCCUGGCGCCCGCGCUGGGCGGCCGGCAUCGUCGCCACCGCCGACCCGCCGCAAUUCGCCACGGCCGAAUUCUGGAGGGGCCAGCUCCCCGCCCGCCUCCGCGCGCCUCUCGACUACUUCGCCGGUGGCACCGCCGCCACCGCCGCGGCGCAGCAGGAGGAGGAAGAGACCUCCCUGCAAGGGUCAUCGGAGAUGGCGAACGAGGAGCUGGCGGUGGGGAAGGAUGACCUGGUGAAGCUCUGGAGGCUGGUGGAAGGCAACGACGGUGGCCCAUCGUGGAUCAAGAUGAUGGAGAAGGCGCUGCCUGACAUGACCUACCAGGCAUGGAGGAGGGAUCCCCAGAAUGGUCCUCCGCAAUACCAGAGCAGCACAAUCUUUGAGAAUGCAACCCCGGAAGAAGUUAGGGACUUCUUUGGGGACGAUGAGUUCCGGAUGUCUAACAAGUGGGAUGAUAUGCUUAUCUCUCACAAAACAUUGGAGGAGUGUCAGACAACUGGGAUGAUGAAAGUGCAUUGGGUUCGCAAGUUCCCCUUCUUCUGUAGCGACAGGGAGUACAUCAUUGCCCGUCGGAUAUGGAAACUUGGAAGCGCAUACUACUGUGUUACAAAGGGUGUGCAAUGUUCAUCCAUCCCACGGCGCAGCAAACCUCGUAGAGUGGAUCUGUAUUACUCAAGCUGGUGCAUCCGUGCCGUGGAGUCAAGACGAGGGAACGGUGGAUCAACGGCCUGUGAGAUUCUCUUAUUCCACCAUGAGGACAUGGGCAUCCCAUAUGAAAUUGCAAAGAUUGGCAUUCGGCAGGGUAUGUGGGGAUGCGUAAAGAGAAUUGAACCUGGACUUCGUGCCUAUCAGGAAGCAAGGGCUGCUGGGGAGCCACCAUCACCGAGUGCAUUGAUGGCACGGAUCAAUACCAAGGUUGGCGACAAUUUUGUUCGGGCAUUGGAAUCCAACAGCAACCAAUCAGAUAUCGUGGAAGCAGAAGAGAAACCUGUGAAGAACCGCGUAGCGAGAUUCCUUGUGCUCGGCGGGGCUGUGGCUUUGGCUUGUACUCUUGACCAAGGACUCUUGACUAAGGCUCUAAUCUUUGGCGUUGCACGGAAAUUUGUGGGACAGAGGAAUGCACUGUAGUUUCUGAUCUUUCUCAGUCCUCUGAUCCAAUUUGCAUGGAGAAAAGAGAUGAUCUGGCUAACUGUAGCACAUGCCUUUGAGGGCAGAUGAAGGAGAUUGGUGUAUAUAUGCUGCCGGCAGCUGAUGAGAGGAGAGGCGAUGGAGUAAAACGAUGUACUUUACAUUUGGAAAAGGAAUUCCAGCUAUAUAUGAAUUUAGUCUUUGCUUCGUGUAAUCUUCUAUGCGAACUGGUUCUGAUAAUUCCAUGUAAAUCAGAAUAUAAAUAUUUUUUGUUCUUUGAGGUGCUCGGAGACUGCUUAAAAGUCUGGAGCAACUAUGCCCAACCUUCCUCUGUUUCAAAAUGCAUGACAUUUUAUUAUGGACACAAUAUUUUAGAUGCAA